UCUGCAAGUCGGUGCAGCGGGACGUCUUGCUUUUUUGUUCACCGGUGCAACUAGCAGAAAAAAUAGAACAAAAAAAUAAUAAUAAUAAAAGAGAAAAGCGAUUAUGGUGUCGAUCGUUUAAAGUUAGACCGAGUUAAGUCAAUGCAACGUAAGGAUUAGUAUACAUCGCGUAGAGCUGACCCUUUCCUCCUAUCAUGUGUGCGGGGCGCCUUUGUUACUCGUGGUCCUGCAGAGCGCUCUGGCCGGUUUUCAUCAUCCUGGCGGCAGCGCCUUGUCUGCUGCGCUGCGCUGAGAGACCUGCUGCGUCAGUUGUUGGGAAAAUGUAUCCAAGGGGCAAUCACUGGGCUGUAGGUCAUUUAAUGGGAAAGAAGAGCAUUACCAGUCUGCCUGCACGGCAGCAGGAACAUCUCGACUACCUCACGCUUUCGCAGUCGGACGAGAUCUUUGAUCAGGACCAAACUGUGAAGGAAAUGUCAGCAGAGAGCCAAGAGCAAACAGUGCUGCGGAAGCUGCUCCACAGCAACAGGAGAGAAGACAACAGAGGAAAGCAUCUCCGAGAGGUGUUAGACCUCCUGAUUCUGACUUUGAAGCAGCGAGACAGCGAAUCCUCCUGAAGGCAAGACAAGCCCAGUGGCAAACCCAGCUGCUGAGGUCUACUCAACCUGCUCUGUAAUCACAUAUUUACAAUGUAUAAGCUCUGUGCUGUAGGCACACAAAAACGAUGGUGUUUUUGGUGAAUUAGCAUUUUUACUUGCACAAAA